AUGCAUAGAUCAACAAAUCGCGAGGCAGGGACGGCCGAGGAGAUCUCUGAGAAGUUCCGUCCUGUGUUGACUUCCAAGGAUGAUACCAUAUUUGAGCUGCAAGAGGAACAGCGAAAGCUACAAGAAGCCCACGCUCAGCUUGUUCGGGCAUUUGAGGCGAAGUUGGGCGAAUACGGUAUACCUCGAGAAGAGAUGGGAUUUGAUCCGAAGUUGCUGGCAUGA